AUGGCGGCCAUGAGCGAGCUCGUCGGCGCCGUCCGGACGAGGCCGGGCUGGUCGGACCUCCCGUCCGACCUCCUCCAGUGCGUCCUCGCCCGCCUCCCUGUGCCGGACCGCAUCCGCUUCCCCGCCGUAUGCACCGCGUGGGGGUCGGCCGCCAGCGCCUUGCACCCCCGCGCCGUGCCCGUGCCGUCCCCGUGGCUCAUGCUCCCCUUCGACCCGACCGCGCGUCGGGGACGCGGCGGCGGCAAGUUUUCGGAAAAGGCGCGGUUCUUGAGCCUCUCCGACGGCAAGGUGUACGCCGUCCCGCAGCCGGUGCCGGCCAUACCGGACCGCCUCUGCGUCGGCUCGUCGCCCGAGGGGUGGCUCGUCACCGCCGACGCCGCCUCCGAGCUGCACCUCCUCAACCCGCUCAGCGGUGCCCAGGUGCCGCUCCCGCCGCCCGACACGCUCCCGUUCGUCCACGCCAGCCGCGACGCGGACGGCCGCGUCGUAAGCUACAGCCUCCGGUGCUGCUUCGCCGACGAUGACGGCGACGAGGGUGCGACCGUGAUCGUCCCGCCGGAGUCCUUCGCCCCCGACAGGCUCCGGUACGAGCUCUACAAGAAGGCCAUACUCGUGUCCGCGCCGCGGGAGGGGCAUACCGCCGCGUCGGGGUCGGGCCCUUGGGGCAGCUACGCCGUCAUGCUCAUCUAUCAGCCUCUGUCACGCAUCGCCAUUGCCCGAGCCGGCGACACGAGGUGGACUCUGCUCGACACACCCUCCCGCCGCUGGGCGGACGCCGUGCGUGCAUCCUCAUCGGCCAGCGCCGGCGGCCGGCAACUAGUGUACGCGAUGGACUCCGCCGGUCGCGUCGACGCAUGGGACGUGGACGUCACGGCGGACACGACGACGAUGCGGAAGGCGAUCGCGCCGUCGUACUGCUGCUGCUCGGGGCGCGCGUGCUCCAUGUCGGCGGCGUGCAGUAGAUACCUCGUGGAGCUCUCGCCGGGGCGCCUGCUCCAGGUCCACCGGGUCAGGGACGCAGCGCACGCGCGGUACACGUGGGAGCCCCGGCCGGAGAGCAUCGAGUACACGACCGUCGCCGCCGAGUUCUUCGAGCUGAUCGGUGGUCGAUGGGCGCCGGUAGACAGCAGGAACGGCCGCGCGGGCAUCGUGGCCGGGCACGCGCUGUUUCUGGGGAAGAACGCAUCGCUGUGCGUCCCGGUGGAUGACUGCCCCGAGCUGAGGGGCAACUGUGUCUACUUCACCGACGACGGGCCGUGGUCGCACGACAGGUGCCGCGAGGUGGCGCCGGACGUCGGCGUGCUCGACCUCGCUGACGGAAGCUACAGGCCGCCGCGAGGCGCGGCGCGCGACCUGCUCUGGAAGUGGCCGCCGCCGGUCUGGGUCUUCCCGUCGUGCGUGGACUGAAUUGAAACGUCUGGUAGUGUUAGCAGUGCACGUAGAAAGUGUUGGCGCGAAUCAGCAUAUAGCAUUUGAAAUGAAAUGCUCAUGUCGAGCAUGUUGACUGUUUUUAGAAAGAUCUUGAUUUUUUUUUUUCUGAUGUGAAACUUUU